UGCAUCCUAUGUGCAUGGCUGUUUCUAAGUUUUCCGAGUUCCCGUUUCGAGACGCCAUUGUCAACCAAGUGCAUGAGAGGUUAUCCGUCCACGUUGCCCUUGUCGAACGGAUCGUGCUUUCCACGACAUAGGCCCCUUUCUUUUUAUGCUCACUCCGCAACUGACACCGACUGAACCGUUUAUUUGUUUACUACAUUUUGAAGUGCUCUCAUUUCGCAAGGCCAGUCUGAAAGAGGAGUUCUACUUUUGCUCCACGCUGAACGCCCAGCGCCAGAGGCCGGACGUCACUCGCCAUGGCGGCGUCCCUCUCUCUGCCUGCCGCGACCGCCGCUACCCUCAGAGCCUCCGCGCGACCCUCGCCGCGAGUGGGCUUCCCGGUGCGCCGGAGAGCCGCGAUCGUCACUCUGCGCUGCUCUUCUGCGUCUUCGACUUCUUUCCGCCGCGUCUCCUCCGCCUCCUCCCUCUCACUCUCCGCCUUGCGCCGUGUCUCCUCCUCCGCUUCCUCUCUUUCUUCCACGUCUGCCUUCGCCAUUGCCCCUCUCUCCCUCCACCGCACAGCCACAGCCCAUUUGUCGUCGUCUCAUCAGGAGUCGUCCGGUUUGAGGGUGUUGACUGUACGCGCGGCUGCUAAAUCGGGGGGAGCGACAGAGAAGCCGCCGGUGUCAUUACAACGAGAGGGGACGCUCCAACGGCAAGGGUCGCUGGGCGUGUGUGAAGAAGAUCCGGCCGUCCAGUCGGCGAUCCAACGGCCAGACGAAGCCGAGUCUCGCCCUACUUCUCCCCCGUCUCCGAUCUCCGUUCCCGAGCCGCUAGACGACGCGUUAAUCGAGCCGUCGAGUCCGCGCGACGCGGAGUCGGGAGUGGCUCGCAUCGAGUCGCAGGCGCGAACGACGCUCGCGAAGCUGAAGCACAUCCUCUACAAGCUCAAGACGCGCUCCGCUGAUGUCCAGACGUCCGUGACGGUCUCCCCAACCUCAGCGGUAGAUGCGGCGGGAGUUACGGGAGGCGGUCUUGUUGGCGGUGAUGUGAGCGAUUUGCCUCACAAGUUCGACUUGGAUUCAAAUGGUUUAAAUACUGGCGGGGUUGAUUCGGGCUUGACUGGCGGAGGGAAGGCGGAGGAGGAGCAGGAGGUCUUCGUGUCGCAACACAUUAAGCUCGACCUCGGGAGCAUCGCGUCCGUUGAUUUGGACGCGCCGAUCGACGAGGACGCAUCACCGCCGUCGGAUGGGCCCUCCCCUCUGCUCUCUCCCUCGUCCUUCUCUGCCCAGAGCCUCUCUCCCCUUUUCUCUGGAUUCUCCCAAUUGCCCGCUGAUCCCGCCGGAAUUCCCGCGAACGAGCAGCAGUUGAACAUGCAGCAGAUGGACGCGCUGACGUGUACUCGUGCCUCCAUCCGAUUCGACGAGCAGACGCAGACGGCGAUCGUCACCGUAACGGCGUCAGUCCGAGCUGCGGACUUUAAAGACCAAGCGGCGUACACGGAACGCACUAUGGCGAUGGCGACGCGCGCUAUAGCGCGUACGUGCCUCGUUUUGGACCAAAAGGCGCAAAAGAGGGCCGCCGAAGCCGCGUCGUCCGCAGCCGAUACAGUGUCGUCCGCCUCAGGAGAAGUGGCUGUAGCACCGGCGGUCGCUACAGCCUCUGCGGCACCGCAGCCGACGACAGAUCUCCCCCUCCGAUCGCCGCAACAGGCGCCGAGAAAGGCGGAGGAGCAGGCGCUGCCGCAGGAGGAGGUGGAGCGCGAGCAGCAGCUGGUCGCGCUGCUCGCGGCGGGCAGCAUCGUCAGCUGGCGGCUCGCCGGGCCCGAGCUGGGCUCCACUCCGUUCCGCCCGCUCUUCGUCGUGAAACUGGCCGCGGCCGACGGGCGCAGCGCGGUGCAGGCUCUGUUCCGGCCAGCGGUGGCGGGCGACACGCGAUUGCGGUUCCAACGCGCGCCGGCGGAAUGGGUGGCGUUCAAGCUCUCCCGCCUGCUGGGCGUCGACGUGGUGCCGCCCGUUGCGCUGCGCCAAGGCGUGCAGAUCGGUACCCGUCGGUUCGCACAAGGCACCAUGAUGCUGCUGCCGUCGCACGUGCAGCCGCUGUCCUCCGUGCAUCCCAGUCGUCUGCGCUCCCCUGCGAUGGCCCCCACGGUGGUCAGCAGCAUCCGCAUUCUCGACGCUCUCAUGGGCUCGUCCCUCCGCCGCCCCGCCGCCUUCGCCGCCGCCAAGCACUGGUCUGAGGACGGCAAGCUUUGUCCCGUAGUGCUCUCGCAUCCCAUUGGGCCGGCUCUAGGCGCCGGCAUGCAUUCCAUGUGGUCGAAACGUGGUGCUGGAACGGGCGGCAGAGAGGGAGCAGCAGGUGCAGGAGCGGGCGGCAGACUGAAGACGGUGGCGGGUUCCGUCCUGACGCGGAUGAGGAGGCUGAGCCGGGCGCAGCUGCUGGAGGAGAUGGGGGGGGCGCUGACGGCGGGGGAGAUGGAGCGCGUGCUGGAGAAGCGGGACCAGGUGGUGGGGUACUUUGACGCGCUGGCGGGGCGGAUGGGGCACCACGCGGUGGUCAGGUGACCGGGGUUGGAGGAGUCGCUGGCUCGGCAGGACAAGGGUGAGGCUGGCGCUGGCAGGUGUGCUUCAUUGCGCUGCACGCAUGGGGCUGAGGCCUUCUGUAGAGCGCAGGAGUGGGCUGUGGGCAGGGGCAGUGAGAUGGUGUGAAAAACAGCGAGGCGGUGAUGGGGUGGGCCAAGGCCUCUAGGCCACCUGAUGGUGCCGUAAACCCAUGUCGUCGUCCCUACGGCGUGGCCUGUCCUGCCGAGUUGAUGCCAGAAUUGAUGCCAUGGUGGUCAGUGCCAUGGUGGUCAGUGCCAUGGUGGUGGUGCCUGCUCCACGCCAUCGGCCUCAAUCUAGUUUGCUCACCGUAGACUCAACCAAGUUCUCUACUCUUUUUGCUCAUCUUGUUUGAGUUUUCUGGGAACCUACCCAGCUAGGUGUAUUAGGAAUUAGGUUGACGCGUGUACAAAACUGCCAGAGAGGCAUUCUCCAACUUUCUUCUGUUAUCUCCCUGAUACAGUAGCAGUCCACUUGC